AUGAUUAAGAUGAUUGGUAGAUUGGCUCAUAUAAGUUUUGACUUAGUAUUAAUAUCUGGUUUUUUAGCUGGUAUUAAAAGAUCAACUGGUUUACAACCAGACUUAAAUAAAAUUGAAAAUAAAGAUGUUCAAUUUUAUACUCAAAAAUAUCUAAAUAUUGGUGAAUCAAUUUUAGAUAAUAGUGUUGCAUUUUUAAGUAAUUCUCAAUACUUUACAAGGGGUAACAAAUGA